GUUAUGUAAAACCUUCAUCACGUAGUUAUCCUCGACCCAACGCGCGUCAACGAUCAGCUCACUGCCAACGGCGAUCAGCUCAACACUAACAACGACAAGCUAACGAAUGAACUGAAGAUGGCGAUGCAUACCACAGACCAACCAUCAAACACAAGUUCAUGGUACUCCAUCCGUCCCUGGACGCCUCACCUCAUUCUCUCAGUCCGUGAAAUCACAUCUGUUUCAGCGACGUUUAUUCUCUCUUCAACACUCUCUCCACCAUCUGAACCUGUUUCGAACAUAGAUCACGAAUCCUCGAUACCCGCAACCACAAACGCGAAUGCAAGCCCAGACACCAACCCAGAGAUAGAACAAGAACUAGAAACAGAACUAGAGGUAGGAGUCGACGGGGAACUAGGAGGAGAAACAGAAGGGGACGCCGUAGGAGAUACUGCCCGAGGAAUUAUCUCCGAAGCACUCUCAGCAGGCCUCUCAGUAUCUGUCAACGGUUCCCCAUGGCAGCGCGUCCUCAUACGCCUCCUCGAGCCCGUAGACGAGGCUGUUAUCAUCAUAUACGGGCUCAUGCCUGGACGUCAGUAUGAUAUCGAUCUGGGACUUGUACAGGGUGGAUUGGCAAGUUCUAUUCGGAGGCAAGUUGUCACUGAAGAUGCGGAAGGUGCGAUUGAGAAUGGAAGGUUGGACGAAGGAACAAGUACUAGUUUUCUCCUCCCGCCCUCAUCCUCAUCAUCCUCCGCAUCAUCAUCAUCCCAAAGCCUAUCAGUGUCAACUGCAACAACCGACUCAGCCCCUCUCACCCAUCCCCAACCGCGCUCCACAUCUCGCUCCACAACACCCACCCAAGAAGACCGCCUCCCAAAACUACAAUCCACUCUUGCGUCCCUUCAGACACAUAUCUCCGAGCUAACCACCACCCUCAAAUCCACGCGCAGGGACAGUCAAAAAGCAGACGCAGUACUCAAAAAUGAGAUCGAAGCUCUCAAUCGGGCUUCUGAAAAAGCGAGUGCUGCCGAGAGUAAGGCGAGACAGCGCAUCAGGGCGCUUGAGGAUGCUGUUAAGAGGGCUAAUGAGGGGAAAGAGGAUGCUGAGAGGGGCAGAAGUGAACUUGAAGGCUCUAAUCCUUCUUUGAGGAAACAAGUGCGCGAGAAAGAGGAGGGAUAUGACGUUCUUAACAAGGAGGCUACUCAAGUGCGUAAGGAACGCGAGGGGAAGGAGGAAGUAAGGAGAAGACGCGUGGAGGGUGUUAAGAAUGAGAUUGGGAGCGUCGAGCAUAGGUUGGAGAGGCUUUAUGCGAGGCAGGAGAAGUUGGAGGGGACGGUGUUGAUUGAUUUGGAGAAGACGCUUAAGGAGGUUGAGAGGGAGAUACAGGAUGCUGAAGCGGAGGCUGACGUGGGUGCGGCAUAUAAUGCGACGAUUGGGAGAUCAAUGCAGAUGCAACAACCUGUGUCUCCUCCUCAGUAUCGGAGACAUCAAUCACGGACUUCGGCAUAUCGAAUCGGGGAUGGCGCGCCUCCUGGACUGGGACUCGCUAACCCAUAUGCGAGCUGUCAUUCGUCCAGCUCUUGGCUUUCGCAUUCUACAAGUUCGUCACUGUCGCAUCCGAAGGUAUCAAUAUUAUCCAAUUCAGCGAGUUCUACAGCGUCGCAUGGUGGCAAUAUGCUUCCUACUAGUUCUGCGUCUGGGACUUCGACGCUGUCGAGCAAGGCACCACCUUUUGAACCAGCGCGUGGAUUUAGGUCUUCGUUUCCACCAUUGAAACCUUCGCCUGGUAUUGCGCCGAUUCAGAGGCCUGUUGGGACGUUUUCGAGGGGUGGCGCGUGAUGAAAAUAUUAGCGUAGGAUGCGGUAUUCGUUGUAUAGCUCUGGGAAAGUCAAAUGUGCUUAGUGUCGGAUGGGUUCAAACUUAUCAGUUUGU